AUGUUGAAGAGGACCAAGCCAGAGUUUACCAGCAGUAACUCUUCGGCCCGUCUAUCAGAGGAGGUGUUAACUGACAGAGAUGACCUUGACUUCUUCAUGCAGACCUCCACUUACUACUACUCAGUGAGGAUCUUCCCAGGUCAGGAGCCCAGCAGUGUGUGGGUUGGCUGGGUGACCUCUGACUUCCACCAGUACGACAUGGCCUUCGACCUCCAAAAGGUCCGCACCGUCACCGUAACCCUGGGAGACGAGAAGGGCAAAGUUCACGAGAGCAUCAAGCGUAGUAACUGCUACAUGGUGUGGGCUGGAGAGAGUACGAGUCCUGGUCAGGGCCGGAACAACAACGGUCUGGAGAUUGGAUGUCUGGUGGACACAGUUAACGGACUGCUAACCUUCACUGCCAACGGGAAGGAGCUCAGCACGUACUACCAGGUGGAGCCCAGUACCAAGUUGUUCCCUGCUGUGUUCGCUCAGGCCACCAGCCCCAGCAUCUUUCAGUUUGAACUAGGACGUAUUAAGAACGUCAUGCCCCUGUCAGCGGGACUGUUUAAGAGUGAGAGGAGGAACUCCUGUCCCCAGUGUCCUCCCAGGCUGCAUGUCCAGUUCCUGACCCCUGUGCUGUGGAGCAGGGUACCCAACCACUUCCUCAAGGUGGACGUGUCCCGGGUCAACGACCGCCAUGGCUGGCUGGUCACCUGCUCUGAACCGCUCCAGUUCAUGUCCCUGCAUAUACCUGAGGAGAACAGGUCAGUUGAUAUCCUGGAGUUGACUGAGCAGAAGGAUCUGUUGAAGUUCCACUACCAUACUCUGAGGUUGUACUCUGCUGUGUGCGCUCUGGGGAACAACCGUGUGGCCCACGCCCUCUGCUCCCACGCCGACGAGGCACAGCUGCUCUACGCCAUAGAGAACAAGUACAUGCCUGGUCUCCUCAGGACUGGAUACUACGACCUGCUCAUAGACAUCCACCUCAGUACCUAUGCAACGGCGCGACUCAUGAUGAACAAUGAAUACAUCGUCCCCAUGACGGACGAGACCAAGUCCAUCACUCUGUUCCCCGACGAGACCAAGAAGCACGGCCUGCCAGGGAUCGGCCUGAGCACCUCUCUCCGCCCCAGAAUGCACUUCUCCUCCCCCUCCUUCAUCUGCAGCGGAGCCGACUGCUUCCAGUUCAGCCCAGAGUUCCCCCUGGACGUCCUGAAGACCAAGACCAUAGAGAUGCUGACGGAGGCGGUGAGCGAGGGGAGUCUACACGUCAGAGAUCCUAUAGGGGGCAGCACCGAGUUCCUGUUCGUUCCUCUCAUUAAGUUGUUCUAUACCUUACUGAUCAUGGGAGUGUUCCAUAACGGAGACCUGAAGAACAUUCUACAGCUGAUAGAACCCAGCGUGUUCUCAGAGGGAGGGGACACGCCCGCGGACAUGCCCGCGGACAGGCCCGAGAGUGAUGUCACUAAGGGAGGAAGAGGAGGGGAGGGGCCUGGAGGAGAGGAGAGGACGGGGAAGGUGCCUAAAGGACUGCUCCAGAUGAAACUCCCAGAGCCUGUCAAACUGCAGAUGUGCCACCUGCUCCAGUACCUGUGUGACUGUCAGGUGCGCCACCGUAUAGAGGCGGUGGUGGGCUUCAGCGAUGACUUCGUGGCUCAUCUCCAGGACAACCAGCGGUUCCGCUAUAACGAGGUCAUGCAGGCGCUCAACAUGUCGGCUGCCCUGACUGCCAGGAAGACCAAAGAGUUCAGAUCUCCUCCUCAGGAACAGAUCAACAUGCUGCUGAGCUUUAAGGACGAGAAGGUGGACUGUCCCUGUCCAGAACACAUCAGAGAACAGCUUGUAGACUUCCAUGAGGACCUGAUGACCCACUGUGGCAUAGAGAUCGACGAGGACAAGCUGAACGAGGCAGACAGUGACUUCACCAUCCGAGGAAGACUCAUGUCUCUGGUGGAGAAGGUGGUCUACCUGAAGAAAAAGAUGACUUUCAUGCCGAAGAACAUGAAGAAAGAUAAGAAACCCAGCACAUUGCAGCAGUUGAUCAGUGAGACCAUGGUACGCUGGGCCCAGGAGAGCAUCAUGGAGGACCCGGAGCUGAUCAGAGCCAUGUUUGUCCUACUCCAUCGCCAGUACGACGGUAUCGGGGGCCAGGUCCGGGCCCUGCCCAAGGCCUACACCAUCAACUCAGUCUCCGUGGAGGACACCAUCAGACUGCUGGCGUCGCUGGGACAGAUCAGAUCGCUGUUGUCUGUACGCAUGGGGCGUGAGGAGGAGAAACUGAUGAUCAGAGGGCUGGGAGACAUCAUGAACAACAAGGUGUUCUACCAGCAUCCUAACCUGAUGAGAGCUCUGGGAAUGCAUGAGACUGUCAUGGAGGUGAUGGUUAACGUGCUGAGUGGAGGGGAAUCCAAGGAAAUCACCUUCCCUAAGAUGGUGGCCAACUGCUGUCGUUUCCUGUGUUACUUCUGUCGCAUCAGUAGACAGAACCAGAAAGCCAUGUUCGACCACCUCAGCUACCUGCUGGAGAACAGCAGCGUCGGGCUUGCGUCUCCCUCCAUGCGAGGCUCUACUCCACUAGAUGUGGCCGCUGCCUCUGUGAUGGACAACAACGAACUGGCUCUGGCCCUGAGGGAACCAGACCUGGAGAAAGUGGUGCAGUACUUGGCUGGCUGUGGUCUCCAGAGCUGCUCCAUGCUGGUAUCUAAAGGAUACCCUGACAUCGGCUGGAACCCCGUGGAAGGAGAGAGAUACCUCGACUUCCUCCGCUUUGCAGUGUUCUGUAACGGUGAGAGUGUGGAGGAGAACGCUAACGUGGUGGUGAGGCUGCUGAUUCGUCGUCCCGAGUGCUUUGGCCCCGCCCUGCGCGGAGAGGGGGGGAAUGGUCUCCUGGCAGCCAUGAUGGAAGCCAUCAAGAUAUCAGAGGACCCCUGUAGAGACGGGCCCUCCCCUACCUCAGAGGCCAGCAGGACACUCAGUGAGGCGUUAUUGGAGGAUGAGGAAGACGACACUAUUCACAUGGGAAACGCUAUAAUGACCUUCUACGCAGCCCUCAUAGACCUGCUGGGGCGCUGUGCCCCUGAGAUGCACCUGAUUCAUGCUGGGAAGGGUGAGGCCAUCAGGAUACGAGCCAUCCUACGUUCCCUGAUCCCCAUAGAGGACCUGGAAGGAGUGAUCAGCAUCCUGUUCCCAAUGCCAACUCUGGCCAAAGAUGGGUCUGUGGUGGAGCCUGAUAUGUCAGCGGGGUUCUGUCCGGACCACAAGGCAGCCAUGGUUCUGUUCCUGGACCGGGUCUACGGGAUAGAGGACCAGAACUUCCUGCUUCAUCUGCUGGAGGUGGGCUUCCUGCCUGACCUCAGGGCUGCUGCCUCGCUCGACACAGCUGCUCUGACCUCUACAGACAUGGCCCUGACCCUAACCUCUGAGCUCUACAGACAUGGCCCUGACCCUAACCUCGUCCCUGCUGCUCUGAUCUCUACAGACAUGGCCCUGACCCUAACCUCUGAGCUCUACAGACAUGGUUGCUCUGAGCUCUACAGACAUGGCCCUGACCCUAACCUCGUCCCUGUGUUGUCUCUAUGUUUCUCCCCCCAGGCUGCUCUGAGCUCUACAGACAUGGCCCUGACCCUAACCUCUGAGCUCUACAGACAUGGCCCUGACCCUAACCUCGUCCCUGCUGCUCUGAGCUCUACAGACAUGGCCCUGACCCUAACCUCGUCCCUGUGUUGUCUCUAUGUUUCUCCCGCCAGGCUGCUCUGA